UUAAAUCGUGGCACAGCCAAUAGCUAACUUUCUUUGGUUUCAUGCAUUACGUGGUAGAGCUAUGAGUACGUUGAACAGACACUCCCAGCCCAUUGCUGAGCCUGAGCUACUGAACAUGACGAAGGGCUCUGAUUCCUCUUCUCUGGUUCAUCUAAAUAUUGGGGGAAAGAAAUUUUGUACAACCGUUGACACAUUGACUCAUCGCGAGCCCGAUUCGAUGCUCGCCGCGAUGUUUAGCGGUCGCCACACCGUGUGCGAGGACCCCAGAAAGGGAUAUGUUUUUGUUGAUAGGGAUGGAAAGCAUUUUCGGCAUAUUCUCAAUUGGUUAAGGGAUGGCGUUGUUCCCACGCUAACAGACUCUGAAUAUUUGGAGCUACUGCGGGAGGCAGAGUACUAUCAGCUACUUGGACUGAUAGAUGGGAUUAAUGCUGUUUUAAACAAAAGGAAGAAGGAAGAUGAUGAGUUCAAUACUGAAUUGACACGUACUGAUAUAAUCAAGUGUAUACAGUCUGAGAGAGUCAGAUUUCGAGGGGUUAAUCUUUCUGGUCUUAAUCUUUCAAAACUGGACCUAUCAUUUGUGGAUUUCAGCUAUGCAUGUCUUAGAAAUGUGUUCUUCUCGCGUGCUAACCUUCAAUGUGCUAAGUUCCGGGAUGUAGAUGCUGAGGGCUCCAUCUUUCACAAUGCUACUUUGCGUGAGUGUGAAUUUACUGGGGCAAAUCUUCAUGGAGCUUUAUUAGCUGGGGCUAAUCUUCAAAGUGCUAAUCUCCAAGAUGCUUGUUUGGUUGAUUGUAGCUUCUUCGAAGCAGAUCUGCGUUCUGCACACCUCCAGAAUGCGGACCUUACUAAUGCCAAUUUGGAGAAUGCUAUUCUGGAAGGAGCCAAUUUAAAGGGGGCAAAGUUGAGUAAUGCAAACUUGAAGGGUGCGAACCUUCAACGAGCAUAUUUACGGCAGGUUAAUCUUCGAGAUACACGUUUGGAAGGCGCAAAACUUGAUGGUGCCAACUUGCUUGGAGCAAUCAGAUGAGAAUUGAUCCAAGCUGGAUUAAACUACAAUCAGGUCGACUGUUAGUUAAAAAUCUGCCUUGCUCAUUCUCCCGCCAACACUGAAUUAUCUCAUUGAAAAAUCUCUUGUAAAUUGUGGAUAGUGUCUGAAAAUUUCUUUGAUUACAGCAGUCUAUAGUGUGGCACUUGAUUGUAAUGCUCAGAGCGGAUAUUAAAGAGUGGGUUUGUAAAGAUACCUCAAUGGCUUCUUUCGCUAGUGCAAAGGCAAUAACAAGGAUGUUGUGGUUUAUAGUA